AAAGAAGCGCGGUGUCCGAUUCCGUGUCGCAAUAACAUAACCACGCGGAUGGGCGUUGUUGUUACAUAUAGCGCAAUAGAACACCUUAUACGGGUGGUCCUUGAAAACAUCAGAAUGGGUUCCAAAGGCGUGUUUGCAUUGCUGUUCAUUACAGUCCUGAAUAGCAAUCACCUUGCAAAGGUAUCUGCUGCCACCUCUUCUGGGGCUGCGCUGAGUGAGACAGUAAAUGGCGGCACGAAGACAGGAGAAUGCGCAUAUGCUGACUCUCAUGGAAAGCAGAUUAAGAUCAGUUACACAGAGUCUGCCUCAGGGGAAGUAACAAUAACUUCUGGCAGUGGGUACACUGGAAAUGGCAAAGAGGAACUCCGCAAGUGCCGAGAGGCGGCUGAACAGGCACAGAAGGAAGCAGAGAAGGCUGUUGAAGAACACAUGAAAUCCAUCACUGACAUGAACUCUGAUAUCAAGAAGCAGCACGAGAAUUUGGAGAAAACUAUGAGGGAUCUUAAUGCACAGUAUCUGUCUAUAUGUAAAUGUGCCUUGGUUCCUUGAUUUGCUUAUCUGUAUUUCACACACAUUUAUUUAUUUAUUAUGAUCAUUAUUAUUUUUUGGAUUUGGUUUUUCCCCAAACCACACUUAUCAAAGAAGAUAUGCAUUGUGAAUCCUGUAUAUCAAAUAUGUGGUAAUUUUUUUUACUGAUGAGUCAUCAUUCUUAUAUAUCAAGAUUAGUGAUUGAUUGAAAUAUAUAUUAUUACAAUACAGGCAUAUCUAAUGUGCAUGAUAGUCACCAGUAAUUUUAUACCUAUUUUAAAUCAAGGAAAUAUUUAUUUUGAAAGAAAAGUUGUUUACACAAACCAAAAGAUGCAUGAAACAUGCAUAGACAAUUAUACAUUAUCACCAUUGUAUAUACUGAUGUAUUUUAUAUGCUUAAAAAAAACAAAGUUCAAUAAUGUUAUUUCCAAAAGUGUAAUUUUAUUGGAAUAUCUUGUAAAGUAAAAGAUUUUAAAGUUUCAAGAACUGAAGAGGUAAGAGCAGUUUGUAAGAUGGUAUCAAAAAAGCUCAUAAUAUUGAAAUCUGGCAGUAUACUGUAAUUCUAACGAGACACUGGUCUCUUUAUGUAAAUAUAGCUUCUUAAGUAUUAAGUAUUUUGAAUACAUCGUUUUAGCAAUGGACAUAAAGUAUGUACCAACACUUUGAAAAUGCUGUUGAAAUCGAAAGAUAAGGAGAAAAGGUUACCAAUUCAAAUCAUUGUUGAGAUGUCGAACCAAAGAUGAUUCACAAGAGCUUCAGAUAGGCUUCAUCAGGGGUCAGCAACCUAUAUCCCAUGAGCCGGAUGCUUCUCAAAUUCAUCGGGCCCAAUGUUCUCUUAUCUUGUCAAUAAAUCUUAAGAGACUUUCAAUGUUAAAAAACAUGAAGUUUCACAUUUAUUGCUGUUUUUAUUCUUUUGACAUAAAUUUAUUGUGAAGAAUUAUUGUUAUUACCUCAUUGUAAUUUAUUAUUGAUAUUUCCAAGUAUUCUUGGUAAUGGUAGAAGUAGCCCACCAAUAGCUCAGACAAUGUAUUUAGGCCCAACUCAUCAAGGUUGCUAACUCCAGGCCUGUACUAUAUUAUUUAGAUUUAAAUGUGUUGUAAUCUUUGUAUUUUAAGUUAUUUAUUUACUGUUGAAUACAAGGCAGUGCACAAUUCAAUACAUUCCAUUUUUUUUC